CCUCCUCCUCCUCCUCUCAAAUCAAAGGGAAGCAAAAGCCCAAAUCUUAUACUAAAACCAAAAAUGGAGAAAAACGAGAGUGCAAAUGAGCACCUGGAAAUGGAACCGAAGAGAGAGAAAGAGAGAGAUCACAACGAUGAAGGUUCGGAUAGCGAGGAAGAUAGAGAAGAAGAGAUCAGGGACAGGGAGUGUCAUGAGAGAGAAAAGAAGAUGUCGGACAAGAAACAGAGAGCCAAGGAGAGGAGAGAGAAAAGGCGCCAAGAGAUCUCUCUCCUCCGCACCAUUCCUUAUUCCGAUCACCAGCGGUGGUGGUCUGCAGAUACUAUUGCUGUGGUGACAGGAGCAAAUAGAGGGAUUGGAUUUGAGAUUGUACACCAACUUGCGUUGCAUGGCGUGACAGUCAUUCUGACAUCAAGAGAUGCGGCUGUUGGCGAAGAAGCUGCAAAGGUCUUACAAGAAGGAGGUUUGAAUGUGUUUUUCCAUCAGUUGGAUAUCGUGGACCCUUUGUCAAUCAAAGCAUUUUCCGAGUGGCUGCAACAAAACUAUGGUGGCCUCGAUAUUCUGGUAAACAACGCAGGUGUCAACUUCAACUACGGAUCAGUCAACCGUCUGGAGUUUUCUGAACAGGUUAUUGUCACAAAUUAUUUUGGCACCAAAAAUAUCAUCAAAGCAAUGAUCCCAUUGAUGAGGCCAUCUGCUUCAGGUGCUCGUAUCGUUAAUGUUAGCUCACGGUUAGGAAGACUUAAUGGCAGGCGAAAUAGAAUUGGAGAUCUAUCCUUGAGACACCAACUCGAAGACGUGGACUCGCUAUCAGAGGAACUGAUCGAUAAAACUGUGACUACAUUCUUAGACCAAGUGAAAGAUGGCAGUUGGACAUCCGGCGGGUGGCCUCAAACAUAUACCGACUACUCAAUGUCAAAACUCGCAGUUAAUACUUACACAAGACUAAUGGCAAAGGUGCUUUCGGAGAGGCCAGAAGGCCAGAAGAUAUACAUCAAUUGCUACUGCCCAGGUUGGGUGAAGACUGCCAUGACCGGUUGGUCGGGCCAUACUUCGCCGGAGGAAGGAGCGGACACAGGCGUUUGGCUUGCCCUACUUCCAGACCAGGUAGUGACAGGGAAGUUUUUCUCCGAGAGACGGGAGGUGAGUUUUUAGACAAGUUUAGGAUUCUGGAUUUUGUUGUGUAAAAGGCGGUAACAUUACCAAAUAGCCUAUUUCAUUUCCACCCACUGGGCACUCGAAUGGUGUUUGAAAACCAUGUUACUUGGAACGAGGAACGGGAGCAGGAACGUGGUACAUCACAUGUUUGCGGCACAGUUUGGGUAAGGCUUAUAUAGAUUACAAAAUUAUAAUGUACGCUUUCGAGCAAUAAAGAUUGAAUCAAUCAAUAUAAUAUUGUUUCGUGUUAUUCAUGUGGAAAACUUUAUGUACGUCAGGAAUGCUUCAAAAAG